AUGGUGCCGACUUACACUCGUUUAUCGACACUCGCUGUCUCACUUCUGGCAGUCAGCGCAACGACGACCGCGCAUGUGCUUCUCCCAUUUGCACAGCACCACGAGCGCGGCCACCAGCUCUCUGCCCGCAACGAUGGCACAACUCAGCUCUCGCUCGUCACAGAGACGUAUGCUUACGCCGUGGAGGCUGAAGUUGGGACGCCUGCCCAAAAUAUGAAGAUGCUGGUGUCGCCCAAUACCGGGCAUUCUUGGGUCAUCAGCAGUUCAUCGUCAAACUGCCUGGACUACACUCGGUAUAGGUACUGCACUCAGUACAACGAUAGGUAUCCCUACGAUCCAACAGAAUGGGGCGAUCCGGUGGGAACGCCCUGCACCGAGGGAAAAGUCGUUACACGGCCAGGGCAGUGCUUAUGGGGAACCUACAACUCGAGCCUUUCAUCUACCUAUUUGACAGCCAACCAGCGAUACAUGAACUUCGAGGCGAGUACAGCCGAAGGCAGCGUCUCCGGAACCAACAUGACGGAUCAUCUCAAGAUUGGCGGCCUGACAGUGGAGGACUACCCAAUGGGCCUGAUUACCUCUUCUAGCGCCCAUGUUGGUGUACUCGGGCUCGGCUUCAACAGCUCCGGCUACUUGUACUCGUCGUAUUCGUCGUCGUCGUCUUACACAACGCAAAUGUACACCAACUUCAUCGACCGACUCGUCCAGGGAGGCAAGAGCAAAUCUCAAGCCUACAGCAUGUGGCUCGACGAUGCCGAGGGAAAGUCGGGCGGGCUGUUGUUCGGUGCUGUGGAUAGGUCGAGAUAUACGGGCGACCUCGUGCGCCUGUCCGGGUCGAACGAUUACCUUUCCGUGGCCGGCAACAUGGUUGGAAACGUGUUUGGCACCGUGAUCAACACCAUCAACGGAACCAAGGGUGGCAAAGAACUGCCGGCUCUGCGCACACAUGACUUCCCACUCGACGUCUCGAUCAGCCCAAGCAAUAUUUACUCGUUCCUCCCCAGUGGGAUGGCGGAUCAGAUGGCCGAAGCAGUGGGGGCGACCUGGAACACCACCCUUGGAGGCUUUGUGAUACCCUGUGACGCCUCCCUAUCCAACGCAGUUCAGUACCAGAUCGAGGUUGGGGGACCAGGUGGCCCGGUUCUCCACGUCGAGACGAGCGAUCUUAUCGUCCAACCAAGCGUUUACGCCGGCCGCACCAGCAGCUCUGCGAGAGGCCUUGAGCCCGCAAAGCUCAUGGGCGCAAGCAACCUCUGCUUCUUUGGCAUUCAGAAACGAACCAACAGCUACAGCUCGUCGUCUCGUCUGGGCACAUAUGCCAAUAUCGGCAGUUCCCUUUUGCGGCGCAGUUAUCUUGUUUUCGACCUCAGCAACCAUGAAAUUGCCAUCGCGCGGGCCAAGUUUGCCUCGAAUGGAAACAAGCCCUCUCCAGACAUUGUGCCGUUCAGUCGGUUCGGAGCCAGGGUGCCCGGUGCCAAACAACUCCCAGUUACUUGCUCGAGCAGCGGUUGCAAGGACAACUUGGACGGUGGGAAUUUCGAUGAUGGGGACUCAAACGACCGCGGAUCCGGCUCGGGCUCGUGGUCUGGCUAUUACCCCGGGAGUUCAGCGGCCGCUGAACGUCUACACUGGCGAAAUGUGGCUCUUGGGUUGGGUAUAGCCGGCGGUAUCCUCUGCAUCGUUGCCGUUGUUGCGGCCGUCGUGGUGUGCAGGCGAAUUAGGCGUGCGGAGAAGAAUUCGGACAAGGAAGGAGAGGCAAGCGAUGCGAACUCUGGCGACGUGGCCGUGGGUGUUGCGCAAGCUGCGCCCAUCAACAGGAGAUCGUCGCCGCCGGUUGUCCCGAUGCCUGUGAUUGAGGAGAAGCAGGAAGCGUCAGGUUCGACAGAGCAGCCAGCAAAAGGCAAAGACAGUACCAGUUGA